AUGGCUUCAUCUCAAGAUGAAGACGGAUCGAGUCAUGGCAAGAACAAAAGUGUGUCGAUUGAGGAAAUAAGUCAUGAUUACAUUAGUGAGCAAAUCGGGAAGGCUUUGGAGAAUUUCUCUCCAUUUAUCGUUAAAAAGUCAAUGAGUGAUACUAUCGCCAUCAAGAUAAGGGAAGAAGUUGCCUCCGCGGUACAAGAAGAAUUUGACAAACGAUUCCCAAAAGAAAAGGUACCGGAAAAUCAAGACGCUGAGGAACGUCCGAAGCCUAAGAAUGAGAAGCCUUAUGAUCUUAAGAGCUUCCCCAUUGCUAACCCGCCCAAAUACAAUGGGGAUCCUGACCCGAUUGCGUGCACUAGGUGGGUAAACGAGGUUGAGGGAGCCUUUCGCAUCACAAAGACUCCACCGAAAGAUAAGACCUUGUAUGGGUCAAGCUUGUUGUGUGAUAGGGCUAAGCUAUGGUGGGAUGGAGAGAUUGUUAAGAAAGGUGAGGAUGCAACGAUGGGUAUAGAAUGGGUUGAUUUCAAAGUGGCCUUCUUUAAAGAGUUUCGAUCAGAAGCCGAUGUGACUAGGCUUAGGAGCGAGUUUAUGAAUGACUCGCAAGGUACUUUGAAUAUUAAUGAGUUUCGGGUACAAUUUCUGGACAAAGCUCAAUUUUGUCCGGAAUAUUUGAAAGAUGAUCGGUUGUUAAAGGAGCAUUUUUAUCGCAAACUUCGCAAAAACAUUCGAGAGAAGAUUACGUUACUUCAAAUUGAAUCGUUUACACAAUUGGUUGAUGUGGCUAGGUGGCAUGAGGUUGAGCAAGGCAUGCCGGAUGAUGAGACCUCUAAGAGAAAGACGGAACAAAGUAACUCUCCAAACAAGAAGUUCCGGUCUAGUGGUAGUUUGGGGGGUGGUUCGAAUAGGAAAAACAUUCCCACUUGCAAUAAUUGUGGGAAACAUCAUUCCGGAGUUUGUUUAUUACCAUCUAAGAAAGGAUGUUUCAAUUGUGGCCAACCGGGUCACAUUAGCCGAGAUUGUAAGUUCUCUCCAAGCAAGCCUACCGUGUGUUUCAAAUGCUUCAACGAAGGACACAUGAAGAGUGCUUGCCCUUUGUUGACGGAGGAAGAAAGGCAAGUCGAAGCAAGAAAGGCUAAUGAAAGAAAGUUGGCAAAACAAAUAGGGAAUCCGAGGGGAAGAUCGUUCCAAAUCUCGGUAGCUCAAGCUAAAGAAUCCACCGAUGUCGUGUCAGGUACCUUUCUAGUUCAUGACACACCCGCUACGAUUUUAUUUGAUUCCGGAGCAAAUCGUUCGUUUGUUGCUACUCGAUUUACUAAAUGCAUCCCUUUACAGUUGUCUAUUCUUGAACUCCCUUUGUUGGUGGAGGUAGCGGGUAAUCAAACCUACAUGAUUAAAAAUGUGUAUCUAGGUUGUAGUUUAACCAUCAAUUUCGAAAUUUUCAAAGCUAAUCUUAUCCCGAUGGGUUUUGGAGAAUUUGAUGUGAUUUUGGGUAUGGAUUGGCUUGGCCAACAUAAGGCAAAUAUUUGUUGUACCGAUAAAAGUGUUCACCUCAAAGCUCCUAAUGGUAGGGAUAUGGUCAUUUACGGUGAAAGAAAUCAAGACUCAUUGCCCUUAUGCACCUUUGCUCGAGCCCGUCGACUUAUCUCUCGAGGGUGCAAAGCUUUUCUAGCUCAUGUUGUUGAUUCCAAUAAGGAAUCUAAAUCGAUGUUCGAAAUUCCUAUUGUGAACGAGUUUGUAGAUGUUUUCCCCGAUGAUCUACUGGGUCUUCCUCCCGGUAGACAAAUUGAUUUUAAAAUUGAUCUCGUUUCGGGUGCUACACCUAUUGCCAAGUCUCUAUAUCGUCUCGUUCCAACCGAAAUGCGAGAAAUGAUGGAUCAACUCCAAGAACUACUAGAUAAGGGUUCUAUUCACCCAAGUAGUUCACCAUGGGGUGCUCCCAUUUGGUUUGUUAAGAAAAAGGAUGGUAGUUUACGAAUGUGCAUUGAUUACCGUGAGCUCAAUAAAGUUACUAUCAAGAACAAGUAUCCUUUACCUCGUAUUGAUGAUCUUUUUGAUCAACUUCAAGGAGCUUCUUAUUUUUCAAAGAUAGAUCUUUAA